CUCAACAGCGUACCCAAUGCACGAGGAUGAAGCGUUUUGGUAGCACAGGGGUGUGUAACAUCACAUAGGCGGUUCUCGCGUUGCGUUAUUUAACGCGCCCACCUGCACGGCACAGAACACAUUUUCACGGCGUCUUCCCUGGUGGACUAGUAAACGAUGGACCUGCACAUCUUGGACCAUAAAUUACGGGUCAUUUCCAUAACCAAAACGGGACUUCAGCAGUACACACACCCCCUAAUCAAGCUGAUAUUUCUCAGAAACAGGACGAGAUGCAAAUUUUUCAGUCUCACAGAGACUCCGGAAAAUUACACGGUUGUGCUCGAUGAGGAGGGAUUUAAAGAGCUCCAGUCGUCUGAACACUUACAGGUGGAGGGCUCCACUUGGCUCCCGCUCAAUGUCGUCUCCAAUGGCAACGCCUCCAGCAGCUCACAAGCCGUGGGUGUCACCAAGAUCGCCAAAUCUGUUAUCGCUCCAUUGGCCGAGCAACAUGUGUCCGUCUUCAUGCUCUCCACCUAUCAAACCGACUUUAUUCUGGUGCGAGAGAAGGACCUGUCGGUGGUGGUGGAGACUCUGUUGGAGGAGUUUAAUAUUUUCAGAGAGGAGGGAGGAGAGUCAGUGCCUGUCCACAGUCAGGACGCCUGCAACGGCCUUCAGCGAAACGGCAGAGAGGGUCCACAUGCAACAGUUCAUCCGGUGCUGAUUCCGGAGAAUCAAUUUUGUGUAAUGAGCUUGGAUCCGGACACACUGCCAACGAUCGCCACCACCCUCAUAGACGUUCUGUUUUACUCUAACAGUCCUAAAGAGGGCGCCAGUGUUGAUCAGGACAUGGAAUGUAUCAAGUUCUUCUCCUUUUCUCUGAUUGAUGGAUACGUCUCUUUGGUGAUGGACACAGAAGCACAGAGACAAUUCCCCGCUGAUCUUCUGUUCACCAGCUCCUCUGGUGAGCUCUGGAGGAUGGUGAGAAUAGGAGGGCAGCCUCUCGGUUUCGGUGAGCUUCAUUCACCAUCAGAUACCUUCUUUUGGUCAUUUGAAUGCAGCAUGUAUCAUUUAGCCAUGCCAGAAUGUAUUGCAGCGAGCUCAGUGAAAGGAAAAAAAAGGAAUAAAAAAAAAAAAGAUUAUAAAUAUACUUACAAUUCGUUCAGCAUUACAAGGUAUCAAUAAAAAAUGUGAUCUUUUAAGGUUACAGGAUUACAUGUACUUACAUGUUAAUAACAGUAAAUUAUGCACAAUUACAAAUAUAAACCAAACCCUAAA